CUCCCCGGCCCCCGGUUGGGGAGCGGGGGGCUAGCGCCGGGCGAAGAUGGCUGGGGCCAUCAUCGAGAACAUGAGCACCAAAAAGCUGUGCAUUGUCGGGGGGAUCUUGCUGGUUUUCCAAGUCAUCGCCUUUCUGGUGGGAGGUCUGAUCGCUCCCAGUCCCACUACAGCUGUUCCUUACACGUCCGUGAAGUGCAUUGAUGUAAGAAAAAACCACCACAAAACCAAGUGGCUGAUGCCCUGGGGACUCAACCACUGCGAGAAGCUCAAAGACUUCGACGAGGCGGUGAGCAGGCAGAUUGAAGCCAACGAUAUCGUGUUUGCCGUGCACAUCCCCCUCCCCAGCAAGGAGAUGAGCCCCUGGUUCCAGUUCAUGCUUUUCAUCAUGCAGCUGGACAUUGCAUUCAAGAUGGACAACGACCUAAAAGAAAAUGCAGAAAUUACCCUGGAUGUGUCAUUAGCGUAUCGCGAUGACGUGUUUGAUGAUUGGGAAGAAAUAGCACAUGCAAUAGAGAUCAGGAAGCUGAAAUGCACCUUUGGCUCACCAAAAACCCUGGAAUCUGAAGGCCGUCACUAUGACUGUGACUUCCUUCCCUUCAUGGAGAUCGGCAGCGUGGCUCACAAGUACUAUCUCAUCAACAUCCGUCUCCCCGUGAAUGAGAGGAAGGGCAUUAACGUGGGCAUUGGGGAAAUCAAGGAUAUCCGUUUUGUGGGCAUCCAUCAAAACGGAGGCUUUACAAAAGUGUGGUUUGCCAUGAAGACCUUCCUCACCCCCAGCAUUUUAAUUAUCAUGGUCUGGUACUGGAGACGGAUCACGCUGAUGACACGCGCUCCUGUCCUGCUGGAGAAGGUCAUCUUUGCUCUGGGAAUUUCCAUGACAUUCAUUAACAUCCCCGUGGAGUGGUUUUCCAUCGGAUUUGACUGGACUUGGAUGUUGCUCUUUGGAGACAUUCGACAAGGCAUUUUCUAUGCCAUGCUCCUGUCAUUUUGGAUCAUCUUCUGUGGGGAGCACAUGAUGGACCAGAACGAGCGGAAUCGUCUCUCAGGGUACUGGAAGCAGGUUGGACCCAUAGCUGUUGGCUCCUUCUGCCUUUUCAUCUUUGACAUGUGCGAGAGGGGAGUGCAGCUGAAGAACCCCUUCUAUAGCAUCUGGACCACCGAAGUUGGCACAGAGCUAGCUAUGGCCUUUAUUAUAGUUGCGGGAAUCUGCUUGUGUCUCUAUUUUCUCUUCCUGUGUUUUAUGGUCUUCCAAGUGUUCAGAAACAUCAGUGGAAAGCAGUCAAGCCUCCCAGCCAUGAGCAAGGCUCGCCGCCUUCAUUACGAGGGGCUGAUUUUUAGGUUCAAGUUCCUGAUGCUUAUUACCCUGGCUUGUGCAGCGAUGACAGUCAUCUUCUUCAUUGUGAGCCAGGUGACCGAAGGCCACUGGAAGUGGGGGGACAUAACGAUACAAGUGAACAGCGCCUUCUUCACCGGCAUCUAUGGGAUGUGGAACCUCUACGUCUUUGCCCUGAUGUUCCUGUAUGCGCCGUCGCACAAGAAUUACGGUGAAGACCAGUCGAACGGUGACCUGGGAGUAAACAGUGGGGAAGAGCUUCAGCUCACCACCACCAUCACCCACGUGGAUGGGCCGACGGAGGUUUAUAAGCUGGCUCGCAAGGAGGCUCAGGAGUAAUGCUGAGAUGGCCUCAGCUGGGACCCAGGCCAGGGUGGAGAGCAGAGGACAACACAACGCCCUCUGGGAGGAGAUCUCUCUGACCUAACUUGCUUCUCGAGCACCCCGUAUCUAGUGUGUUUUCACAGAGCAAUGACACCGAGUGGAACAUUUGUAAACUCUUUAAUAUGGUGUAGUUAUUUCUGGGGGGAGGGAUAUGUAUAUUGUGUUACACUCAAGCACGUAAAAACCUGCUAGAAAAGCCUUAAGGUUGCAAAGUCACACAUUCAAAAGUUAGGAAGGGGCAGAGCUGACAUUGGGCAGUUUUUAUUUGGCUACUGUGUGCCUGUGCAUAAAGGUGGUGCAGGGAGCUCAGUCAGUGAGCACGUGUUCAGUACUUCAAGUUUUCUUGUGUGCAAGUUUAAACAAUGUGUUGGUUGGGGGCGGGAGGAACUAAAGCCUCAUUUUAAAAACAUUUAAUUCCAUGAUCUGUAAUUGUAUUGAACCUUGUUUGAGGUCUUUAGUACAGCCCUGCAACUCUGCAGCAAACCUCUGUCACUUGAUUGAAACACAGCUGGGGAAGGGAGUAGACUGAGUGUAAUACAUAAGAUUUUAGUAGAAGCAGCAACAUGCUUUCUCAGUAGGUUUUACAGCUGUUUGUUAAAUAUAGGGGAAUGUAAAAACUGGAUGCCUGAGCUGAGUUGCAGGAGAAAGGAGUGCUCCUGUCCCGAGUUCCCAGAGGUACUGGUCCUGCAGCCAGCUCCUGCCUAUUCUCAGCCCCUCUGUCUUCCCUUGCUUUUGUUGUCCUCCUCCAUCUUACUUUUUUGUUACGUCUCCUUCAUUUUUAUGCUGCUUAUGUGCCAUGGAGAGAAGAGAAAGGCCACAGGAGGGACGGUGCAUUCUCAGUUCCCGUGCUUGUGAGCUGGGCAGAGGACGCCGGGCAAUCCCACUCCUCCUUGCACUGCUGGGGUGGAGCAUGCUUGGCAGAGCUGGAUUCUUCCAGGAAUUAUCAGACUUGAAAAAAAUCCUCUUGUCACACACUAAUGUGGAUAUUUGCUUUUCAGAGCAAAAGCAGACGAUGAGGUCGCUCACCCCCAUGCUGUGCCUGGGUGGAUCUGGCUGUGAGACUGUUGGCAGUGCGAGGGGACUGGGAACUGAUCUGGGGUGGAGGCUUAAACUGGACCGUGCUGGGGACCAGUUAAGAGAAGUGUUAAUGGCGUGUGCGGGAAGAAGCAUGGCCAGAAGGGUCUCUGCUGCUCAGGGCACACAGUCCAGGGCCUGGAGGAUCCAGAGGGCCCCGUUAGCUGGCACUAAAUGUCUGUCUAGCUAACACAGUAAAUGUCUGUGUUAACUGCUAGUAACAUGUAACUCAACCUCCCAGUUUUGUCCCUAAAAGAUAAGAAUCUGCUAAUGCUGUCUGUUGCUGAAGGGUCAGAGAUGAGGGAGAGAAGGGAAGUUUCCAAAGCCGCUGACAGGCAGUCAUUGCGGGUACCGGUAGAAGCACUGUCCUGGAAAAAGGGACACGUUGUCCUUGGAUUCUUAAAACUUCUGAAAUUACAUAUCAAUUGUUAGAGUAUUAAGGCUGCAAAAUGAAAGUAUAAUUGGGAAAUACCAGAAGUGAGAUCACCUAUGAAACCUUAAUCCAUCUCUAGCCAAUGUAUGCAUUAUGACAUGCAAUUAAAGCCCAUCGCAUGCUGGCUUUACUGUCACAUUCAGGUUUGUACGUGAGUUUGGGGCUCUGGGCAGGAGUUGAGGCUAUGCACCUAGGGCUCUGGUUUGCACCAGGAGGUGCUGGUUCCUCAUGAUUCCCACCCCAGCAAACAGCUCGUACUCAGUGAUGCCCGUCCCUGGCUGCCCUGUACACUCCUGUGCACCCACCCUGCUGUUUGCAUGGGGCUGCAGCUCCAGAAGGGCAGCUCAGUUCAGCUCUAACCAUCCCUGUCACCAUUUCAAGCAUGUUAGUAACCAAAUACAGUACCAACUUUCCUUGCCUUUUGCUUUCCCUUCCCCAUGUUUCUUGAGACAAGUCAGUACUUCAGCUGGGGUGAGGCAUUCAAAUAAUUCGUCCUUAUUUUCCCAAUCGACCAAGGAAUGGGGCCAGAAGGCUAGCGACUGCCCCUCGGCUGCAUGCAGGGCUGGCUGGGCACCCCAUCUCCUCACCAGCCUUUUCCCAGAAGGGAUUUCUCACUGGGGCUGCUGACUGUGCCAAAUGAAUCGCACCAGGAGAUGCUGGGCUGUUAUGAUCCCAGUAAGAACGGCACUCUGUAAAGUAGCAUUUAAAAUACCAUUUAUUAGAGCUCAACACUAUGAAGAAAGAGAGGGUAGUGUAGAUAAUCUUGCAUCCUUUUUGUUGCUGGAACCCCAAGUUCCCAACGGGUCUCUAAUCAGGGUGCAGCACACCGGGCAGACCCCAUCUGCAGAAGGGCUGCUCCGUUUUUGUUAAUUGGAGCUACUAUAGGAUUUUCUUAAAAGAAAGCAAUUCUGUUCAUUGUUCUGUUUGCCCUCACCAGGAUCCCCAGCUCCCCUGCCCCUGGGCAGUGUCUCAGCCGGGAUGCAGGGUCAGAGCCGAAGAACGCUGAAUGCAUUGCUCUGGGUGAAGUCCCUUGUGUGCUGCUAUGUCUGAGCACGUGAAAUCACUGUAGCAUAGAAAGUGCUGAACACUACUUCAGGAGGUGUGAUUUUGGAUACUUGAACUGGAACACUAAUAAUUUUUUAUAAGUUUGGGGACUUUUUUGUAAACUGGGAUGACAAUGUCCCUGUACUGAAAGGAAAUGUGGUUUAAAAGAAAAAAAAAUAAAAAAGAAAAAGAAGGGGGCACACUUACUGUAUGUGGAAUAAGUGCUGGGACUGCACCUUCAACAUGGAUGGCAAAAUGUAACUUGUAAGCAAUUUACAUAAGGAAAAUAAGUGCUAAUAAGUCCAAGCAAUGUUCCUACUUGCAGUAGUUGUUCAAUUACAAAGUGAAUUAAAUUAACGCACAUCACCGUAACUCUGGCAUGUUCCUGGCUGAGUGCUCGACUUUGCAACUUUAACAUCCUUUUUUACGUUGGGUUCUUACGUGAUAUUUAUGUUGUUCCGAUAGAUGUGUCCAUGGUUUCUUUUACAGCUUAGUAUAGCGUUGCAUUUUGUAAAGGCUCCUUACAACUGGGGAAUUGCAGCUUUAAAACCAAAUUUUGUGUCAAACACUAACAAUUUGUUUACGGGGCGGGUGUAUGUAUGUGUGCGUGCGUGUGUGUGUGUGUGUGGUUUUUUAUUUCUUAAUUCCUAAGCCCUACUCAUACGUCUCAAAAAUAGUCCCUGGGUCUUAUUAAAAUAUAUCCUUUUUUGUUUAGGUUGAGUUCAGUUUUUACAGAAUGCUUUAAGCAACCUGGAAAACGUGUAGUUUUGUUAGUUUAAAUAAAAAACACAAUAUUGUGGAUUUGUCA